AUGCCGGUUCCUCAGCGCGCCUUCGACGUCCUGUACGACAAGACGCUGACAUUGGCGGGGCCCAAGGACCAUUUCAAGGAGCAGCAGGCCACAAACUACGUCGUCGAUAAGGUCCCGGAGUUCAACAACUUCUUCUCUGAGCUCCGGCACUACCCGAAUUCGUCGCUCAGGAUCAAGGCCGAGAACAAGGUCCCCGAGUACGUCGAGCGCGGAUACAAUGCGGAACAGGAGACCCACGCGGCCCGCGCCUCGCGCAGCACGGCGGCACAAGUCACCGGCCCCCACCAGCACCUCUAUUACCGCCCCCCGGUCCUCACGGGCGCGGCCCCGGCGCCGCCGCCCGUCUCCACCUUCCACCACCAGCCCCGCCAGUCCCCGCUCCUCCCGGGCCAGCGCACCGUCCGCAAGGCCAAAGCCCCGCCCCCCGCAGCCGGCCCGCGCGGCCCCAUGGGCCCCGGCCUCCCGCCCGCGGCCGGCACGCGCCGCCGCGUGCUCCGACCGAUCGCGGAGCCCAUCGCGGAGACCACGGCCGGCCCGCGCGGCGACGGACGCACCGUCGCGACCCAGUCCGACUACCGUGAGGCCGAGGCGCAAACGACCCCGUGGGAGCCCGACUUCACGAUCAACGAGGAGCCCACCGCGCACCAGGUCGCGCUCAUGGACCGCUACGCGACCGGCGGCGUCCCCGAGGUGCUCCACCUCACGGACCUCAAGUUCGGCGAGGGCCUGCCCGCGGGCCGCGCGGAGAUCGAACGCAUCGAGCGGCUGCGCGAGAAGCGCGAGUUCGAGGCGAGCCUGCCGCCGCUCGCCGACGCCGCGCGGCUGCCGAUGCGCCGGCGGAUGCUCGAGCGGUGGGAGCGCAAGGAGUGGCAGGAGCGUGAGCGCGAGAUCAUGCACCUCCAGGACGAGCGGCUCGCGAUCCUGGAGCGCGCGAUGGAGCGCCGGGAGGAGGAGCGCGAGCAGCUGUCCGCGGAGCGCGUCGACCGCAUCCGCGACCGGCGGCUCGCCGGGAAGCAGCGGACGUUUGACGCGAUACAGCGGCGGCGGAUGCGGACGAUGCGGCAGCUGACGAAGGGGCGCGCGGAGCUGGAGCCCGGCGCGACGGCGAAGCGGUCGAUCAUCGACGACUACGCGGACUUCGCGUCGCGCGUGUACGCGCCGCUGCAGCGCGAGGGGCGGUUCCCGGAUGCGGUGCCCAAGGGCGGCGCGGAGGUGGACCCCGCGCCGUUCCUGCCGCGCACCGUGGACGACGUCAUCAUGCUCGAGGGGACGCUGCACCAGGGCGCGCUCGAGCCGCGCACGACGAAGGUCGACCCGAAGCACGCGGGGCACAUUCCGUGGCAGGAGCGCCGCGCGCAGACGCUCAGCCGCGACGUCAAGUUCGUGUCGUCGCUCCUCGAGACGUCGAAGGCCACCGUCGGGCGCGGCUUCGGCGAUUGCUGGCCCGCGCCGCUCGAGAAGCGCAAGCAGGGCGACGUGGCCACGGGCGGCGGGAAGCGCGCCACGCGGCGCGCCCUCGCGCGCCCGGAGACCCCCGAGGGCCCCCCCGUCCCCGCCGACGCCGCCCUGCACGCCGCCGCGACGUUGCUUCAGCGGCUCCUGCGGGGCCGUGCGGCGCAGAACCGGCUCUUCAUGGCCAAGGGCCAGCGGUUGGAGCUGCUCCACGAGCUGCGGCUGCAGCAGGAGAUGCCGCACGGGCACGCGGCGGGCCAGGCGGCGCUGGAGCGCGAGGCGAUUGCGUGCGACGCGACCAUCGGGGGCGCGGUCGCGGCGCUGCUGCAGGCGCUCGCGCGCGGCGGGGAGCGGUCCGCGGAGGACCGCGCGCGCGAGGCCGGCGCGUCGUACCGGCAGCUGCGCGCGGCGGCGGCGGAGGGAACGCGGCGCGUGCCGAGGCGGCACUGGCGGCCAAGGCCGUCGCGCGGCCCGAGUCGCGCGACGCUCCGCGGGACGAGAUGCCGUCGCCCGGGCCCGCGCCUGCGGCGCCGGCGUCGCCGGGGAAGGAGAGCAUCCCGGACGACCUCCUGGCGGGGAUUGCGCCGGGCAUCGGGAGAGAGGGGGUGGUUUCGGCGUCGCGGGACGAGGGCGAGGACGGCGCGCAGGGGUCGGAGUUGA